AUGUUAUUCUGGCAGUUUUCACAAUUUGCCUUUUUUACACAAAUGGGUUCGCUUUUUGUCGUGUAUGCCUUGGACUUUAUCCCACCAGAUACAAUGAAGACUUUACUCAGGGCUCACCUCAUUGCGUUCACUACAGCGUUUGCGUUGCUAUUUGGUAACGAAAUGUUGCUCACUUCCCUAUAUCUUGCUAGCAUCAUUGCUGCUUUAGUAAGUGCUGAAAAAUUUUCAAUUAACGCAUUCCCGUUCAGAGUGCAAAGAAUAUUGGUGUACUUGGAUCCUGUUUUGAAUAAAAUCUCUUUACGCCCGCUAUACUUUACAUUGUCUUUGUUAUGCUUUACUGCCGGAACGUUCAGCAUCAAAUUUGGGAUUGGGAAGCUACUUCAAAUUGAAGAUGAUGUGAGUGACUAUGAAGUUUUCUUAAACGAAGUUCUCAAUUGGCUGGCUCAUAUUUUCGACAUCUUACGCUCAAAAUUUUCGAAUUAUUCGACUUUUCACACGCGUCUCUACACUUGCUCUGCUGAGUUUGACUUCAUCUCGCUUGAGACUCUCCAAAAGUUAUGUGACACUUGGCUUAUUCCCUGCGCAGUCUUGGGUGUGUUGAUGUUUAUUGUAUAUUUCAUUUUUGCUGAGAAGAGUGAUCUAUUAUGGAGAAGCAGCGAAAGGAGGAAACCUCACGCAGAAGUCUUCUAUAACGUCGUUCAAAUGUUCUGUUAUUCUGUUAUGGCAUUAUUGAUCAUGCGACUGAAACUGUUCAUGACACCACAUCUGUGCAUUUGCUGUGCAAUUCUUGCCAACAACGAGAUCGUCAGCUCUCUCAGAAUUCGGCUAGACAAACGAAUCCAUGCAGUUCUUAUCGUAGCAAUGAUUGCUGGAAUGGCAUUUGAAGGGAAGUCCAACAUCGAAAAGCAGUUGCGAAUAAAAGGAGAGUACAGCAAUCCUGAGCAGGAGAUGUUAUUUGACUGGAUUCUAGAGAACACUAAACCAAAUGAUGUUUUUGCGGGAACAAUGCCUGUGAUGGCUAAUGUCAAACUAUCCACACUUCGUCCUAUCAUAAACCAUCCUCAUUAUGAAGACGUGGGAAUCAGGGAUCGAACAAAGAAGGUAUACUCAGUGUUCAGCAAGAAACCAAUACGCGAAGUUUACGAUACAUUGAAAAGGAUGGGUGUAAACUACGUGGUCUUUCAGCUAUUCAACUGUGCUCCAGAACCAAAUAGGCCAUACUGUGCGUAUAGAGGAAUGUGGGAUGAAGAAGACAAAGUAAAUAUCAACCGCAUUUCAAACUGUGAUCUCUACAACGUUGCCGUAACACAGCACGACACAACUGUCAUCCAUCCUUUCAGUAUUGCUUAUACGAGGAACAACAACUACAUAGUAUUAAGAGUGUAG